AUGGCAGAAAAUAACACAGCCAACAGCAUUAAGCCACGUAGAUAUGUUUGCAUUGAAUUGCCACCCCAGGUGAGCUCCAAUGGGUUCUGGAACAAUCACAAUCCUAAUCCUGAUGAUUUGCUCAAAAACUCAAUGCCUGAGCUCGAACUUCAGAUGCUCAUGAUUUUCUGCAUCUCUCAUGCCUUCCAUGUUGUUCUCAAGCGUCUUGGUCUCCCCAGGCUCGCCUCUGAGAUUAUUACUGGCUUGGUCCUUGGUUACGCAUUAUCAGACGAAAAUGGGAACCCCAAGAACGAGAAACUCUUCACACCGGCUGGUCAACAGAUUAUUGGAACAAUUUCAGUGUUUGGCUACGCACUUUUCCUAUUCCUAACUGCAGUUAAAAUGAACGUUGGAAUAGUGCCCAAGACAGGAACAAAGGCAACCAUAAUCGCAGUUGUGGCCGUAUCAGUUCCAUUUUUGUGUGGAAUGGUUGCUCAAAAACUCCUCGGACGGAAUCUAAGUCCCUCGGACAAGGACAAGCUUCCCUUUGUGUUCAUAACACAAUCUCUUGUUUCUUUUCCCGUCAUUCAUUCUCUCUUGACCGAAUUCAACAUCCUCAAUUCCGAGCUCGGUAGAUUAGGCCUCUCCGCUGCCAUGGUCGGCGACGUGAUCAGUUUCAUCGUCUCCAACUUCUUCCUCAUGGUUAGAGUUUUCAUGGAGUCCAGGAGCCGAGCUCUCGUGGACAUCGCCGCCAUCGUCGCCUUCUUUCUGGUUGUCGUGUUCGUGUUUAGGCCCGUCAUGUUUAUGAUUGUCAAACAAACGCCUGAAGGGAGGCCUGUCAAGGACUUUUAUGUGUACAGCAUAAUUGUGUUGGCUCUUGCUUGUGCUCUUUAUUCGGACACCUUUGAUGAGCAGGUUUUCCUUGGGCCUUACAUCUUGGGGUUGGCUAUACCGGACGGGCCUCCAUUAGGCUCCGCCAUCGUCAGUAAGCUCGAUUGCUUCGUCUCCGGGGUGUUCUUGCCGCUCUUUGUGACCACAAGGAUGUUGAGAGUGGAUUUCUCCAAGAACAUGUUUGAUCCUCUCAUGAAGUCAAACAUAAUCCUUGUUAUGGUCACUUAUGUUGCCAAGUUAGUCGCGUGUGUGACUUCUUGCAUAUAUUAUGAAAUGCCAAUGUACGAUUCUUGGGCCUUGGCUUUUAUUAUGACAAGUAAAGGCGUUGUUGAACUAGCCAUCUACACAUACUUCAGAGAUAACAACGGUCUUGCAAUGCCAACUUAUAAUCUGCUGAUGGUUAGUAUCUUAGCUAUAUCAAUAAUUGUGCCGAUUAGCUUGAAGUUCUUGUAUGAUCCAUCAAGGAAAUAUGCAGGCUAUCAGAGAAGGAACAUCAUGCAUUUGAAGCCGAAUUUGGAGCUCCGAAUGCUCGCCUGCAUUCACAGGCCGGAUGACAUCCCUGCCAUAAUAGACCUCCUUGAUGCCUCAUGUGCAACCAAGGACAACCCAAUUGGCGUUUAUGUUCUACACCUAAUUGAGCUUAUUGGAAGAGCCACACCAAUCUUUAUCUCACACCAAGUUCAGAAGAAGAGCCUCUCCGACGUCUCCUACUCGCAGAACGUAAUCCUUUCUUUCAACCGCUUUGAGAAUAGCAAUUGGGGAGCUGUGAAAGUAAACGCUUUCACAGCAGUUUCUCCCUAUAAGCUAAUGCACGAGGACAUUUGUACUUUGGCCCUAGACAAGCUCACAUCACUUGUGAUACUUCCUUUUCAUAGGAAAUGGUCCGUGGAUGGGAAUGUUGAGCUGGAAGACAACAUGGUAAGGGCCUUAAACUUGAGCGUGCUCGAAAGGGCUCCAUGCUCGGUUGCGAUACUCGUGAAUCGAGGCUAUGCAGGACGGGCUAGCUCCAUGGUUUCAGUAGAUGCCUACAUGUACUCGGUCUGUAUGAUUUUCUUGGGAGGUAAAGACGAUAGGGAGGCGUUGACAUACGCGAAACGCACGUGCAAGGGGUCGAACAUCAGCCUCACGGUGAUCCACUUUGUAGCCCCGACUGAGUGCGAGGUUGAUGAGGAGAAAAAGUGGGAAAAUAUGAUGGAUUCCGAGGUGUUGAAAGAUGUCAAGUACAGCAGUUUGAGCGCCAGACACCGGUUGAACUACUUGGAGGAGGUUGUGAAUGACGGGUCUGAAUUGUCUACGGCUGUGAGAAGUAUGGCGGACGAAUAUGAUCUUAUAAUAGUUGGGAGAAGCCACGACGCAGGCUGCCACCAGAUUACGGGUCUCGAUCUAGCGUGGACCGAGUUCCCGGAGCUAGGAGUUGUCGGAGAUCUGCUCGCCUCGAAGGAUAUCUUUGGCAAGGCUUCUGUGUUCGUGGUGCAGCAACAAACGACAGAUAAUUGA